AUGCCGUCCAAGAAGCUUAUGGGAUGCUGGGCGUUUGUUGACGUUUGUCUGCUAACUGCGGGUAUCCUCACGCUCGUUCUUUCCAUUGUGUGGCGCGCGCCGGACCUCAUGCGCAAUCUCGUCAUUUCAAACAGUGACUUGACUGCCGGUCUUGUACUCGGGAUUGCUUUCCUGGUCACCUGGGCCGUCUCAGUUGGCGCCAUUAUUCAGCCUAACCAUGUCACGGUGGGGCUCAUGAUCCUCAACUGGAUCCUCCUGCUCGAUGGGAUCGGGGUCCUUUGCAUCGGCACGUUCAUCUGGUUCUACACUCUUCGCGAGCGCGCAGAGUUCCACGACGUUUUCGCGGUGCAAAGCGAUGCUAUCAAGAUCCAGAUUCAGGACAAGUUCAGUUGCUGCGGAUACUUCAACUCGUCGGACCUUGCCGUUAUUGGUGGCAACUUUUGCGCGAACCAGUCGGCCAUUGAUCAAGCGGGGACGAACAACGCGACGUGUGUGGGACCUAUCACAGGGUUUGCGGACUAUGCAUUGAACAACAUCUUCACGUCGAUAUAUGGUUAUAUGGCGAUUGUUAUCUGUCUCUUCCUUCUCUCGCUCUGUGUGAUCAAUAAGAGGAAUGAGGAGGAACGCUUCAGGAAGAUCGACGAGAAGCGUGGUGGCCGUGGAUUCGUCUAA